AUGACUAAGCAAAAGCAAGUACCUCCCGAGGGAGUUUAUGUUCCUGUUCCAACCUUCUUCCAGCCAUCAACAACACCACUUUCCACCAAACAGGCGGCAGUAGAUGUUUCAACUCAGGUUCAGCACAGUAUUCAUCUUGCCAAAAAUGGAAUCCGUGGACUUGUGCUUCUUGGCAGCACAGGAGAAGCCAUCCAUCUUUCGCGUGCUGAACGAUCCGAAUUGAUCACCGGUGUCCGAAAUGGACUUACCUCCGCAGGCUUCUUAGACUACCCUAUUUUGGCUGGUGUAUUGACGAACUCUCUGAAUGAAGUAUUGGAAUGGUUGGCAGAUGCGAAGGAAGCUGGAGCACAAUGGGGUCUUGUCCUUGCGCCUGGUUAUUUCGGUCCUGCUGCGAACCAAGAGAACAUACAAGAAUGGUACAAGAUCGUGGCAGAUGCUAGUCCUAUUCCAAUCUUAAUCUAUCAUUAUCCUGGAGUUACAAACAACAUCACAAUCAGUCUCGAUACAUACGCGAAGCUCGCUGCUCAUCCUAAUAUUGUAGGGUGCAAGAUGUCGCAUGGGAAUGUUUCACACCAUCUACAAGUCUCCUUGACGCCAGAUAUCGAUCACGAAAGUUUUCGUGUAUUCAGUGGGUUUGGCCAACAACUUGGGCCCAUUGUACAAUUUGGUGCAGCGGGGGUGAUUGAUGGGCUUGCCGCAAUUUAUCCUCGAACAGUCGUACGUUUGUUCGAACUUGCGAAGAAGCGUCCCGUCGAAUCAGGAGAAUUACAAGAGUUGCUGUCGCUUCAGUUUUCUGUCAGUCGCGCAGAAGAAUUCGUAGUGAGAUGGGGAAUAGUAGGGAUCAAAGAGGGGGUUUAUCGAACCUUAAAAAUGGGAAAUUUGGAAGGUGGAAGAUUACCUCUAAGGGGUAAACUGCCUCAGGGAGAAUGGCAGUCCUGGGACUUUGCCACGAAUGUCAUGGAAAAACUCGAGAGUUCAAUAAAUCCAGGACUUUGA